CUUUAACGCGCGAGAUUGAGACUUUAGGCCCCUGUGCCGUCUUUAACCCGUGUAUCUCGCCAUUCGCUCAGGCGUGCCGAGGGCAGCCCUCGCGGGGUCCUCGAAGCCGGCCAAGAUGGCUGCCCCCGCGCUGAGAACGGCGCCCGGGUGGUCCGGCCUGUCGCUCGGGGUGCUGCGUGCUGCUUGGCAGCUUCCGGGGUUAACCCAGGUGAGAUGGAGCCGCUAUGGCCCUCAAUUCAGGGAUCCCCUAACUGAUAAAGAACAUUACCGCAAACCUCUGGCCGAACUCACCCGGGAGGAGAAAUAUGAGCAGGAGCUCAAGAAAACGCAGCCCAUCAAAGCUGCCCCAUCCGCGAAAACCAGCUCUGUGUUUGCAGACCCAGUGAUCAGUAAGUUCACCAACAUGAUGAUGAAAGGAGGAAACAAGGUACUGGCCAGAUCCCUCAUGAACCAGACUCUGGAAGCAGUGAAAAGGAAGCAGUUUGAGAAGUACCACGCUGCUUCUGCAGAGGAACGGGCAACCAUUGAACGCAACCCCUAUGUCAUCUUCCACCAGGCACUGAAAAACUGUGAGCCUGUGAUUGGGCUAGUAUCCAUCCUCAAAGGUGGCCAUUUCUACCAGGUCCCUGCACCGCUGGCCGACCGCCGCCGCCGCUUCCUGGCUAUGAAGUGGAUGAUCACUGAGUGCAGGGAGAAGAAGCACCGGCGGACUCUGAUGCCCGAGAAGCUGUCACACGAGCUGCUGGAGGCUUUCCACAACCAGGGCCCGGUGAUCAAGAGGAAGCACGACAUGCACAAGAUGGCCGAGGCCAACCGUGCCCUGGCCCACUACCGGUGGUGGUAGAGGGAGGAGCCACUGGAAAGGACCUGUGACCCCUGUGAGUCAAGGACGUCUUUCUUCCCGCAAAGGAUGGAGCAGUGUGCUGAUGGCCCAUCUUUCCUUCAGGGCUACAACUGGUGUCCCUCCCCUGCCCCUAAGGAGGAACUACCCCUCAGGAAUCCCCUCCAAGAAACUCAGGCCACUCUUCUCUUCCCUCAGCUGGGGCUACACAUCUAGACACUGAAAGGAAGCAGUUUUAGUAUGAGAAAGAUUUAUUAGAAAAUCCUCGGCCUGGCCCGGUGAGUGAGUGGCCAUUUCGUUACAGCUGACUGGAGCUUGUCCCAUGGCAGUCAUUGUACAGAGUGUGUCAAAUGCAGUGUCUGCU